AUCAUUUCUGUCUCCUGUUAAAAUGGUGGAACGAGGCCUGAUUUGAUGUAUCAUCCCACCCAAUACCCAACUCCCUUGCUCUAUCAUACAUACGCAUAUAUACAAAUACUUCCCCUGAGCUUCCUCUCUAUAUAUCAUGCCGCGCCGCGCCACGAACAGACAUUGCUCCAAACCACCAAGUCCCAGUUGUUGUUGUUGUCCGCCAUGGCAGCAGCUGAAGAGUGCGUAGAGCCACUCAAGUAUCAGACUUGGAUUCUCAAGGUUUCAAUCCACUGCCAAGGCUGCAAGAAGAAGGUCAAGAAAGUCCUCCAAACCAUGGAAGGAGUUUACAAGACUACGGUGGAUUCGCAGCAGCACAAGGUGGUGGUGACCGGCAAUGUGGAGGCGGAGAUGCUAAUCAAGCGACUCCUCAUCAAAGCCGGCAAGCAAGCAGAGCUCUGGCAGGAGAAGAAGCCGCCUUUUGCCGCACAGGAGAAGGCGGCCGAUGUUCACAAAAAGAGCAAAAACAGCAAUGACAAAAUGCACGACGAGUCACCGACGCAGACCGGCACUAGCAUUGAGAGCAAACGCGUCGAUUUCCCUGUUUCCCAGAACGCAGCCGGUGGUGGGAAAGCCGCCAAGAAUGGCAGGAAGGACUCUCCUCCACCGCCGGGGGACGAUCGCCAAGGAGUGAAGAAGGCGGCGGAGGCGUCUUCCGGUGUCGGCGGCGGCAAAAAGAAGGCUAAGAAAACGGAAAAGGACAACGGUGACCAUGACGGUAACAACCGCAGUGGCGGCGGCAAGACAAAAAGCAAGAGUGGAGGCGGAGCCGAAGUAACUGCGGCUCAGGAAGAGUACGAUGAGAAAGAAGUCUCCAACAACGUCGGAGGGACAGCUUCGCUGCUGCCGCCGGAAGCGUCCGAUUACCCACUUCAAAUGCCGUCGUACGUGGUGAGCUACAGCUCGAUGCAACCGAGCGUGAGCUUUGGCGGAGCGGUCCACCAGGAGUUUCCGGUGCUGCAGAACGGGUACAUGUACUCUCCACCGGCUCCGGUUUCGGUGGCGGCGGUGGCAAGUUCGUAUUGCUAUUACUCCGGUGGUGAUUACUCCGGCAUAUGCAGCAUCAUGUAACAGAGCAUCAUUCUCUGUUUUUAUAAAUGUUUUGUGACUCGCUUGUGGUUGAAAACCUGAAUUUGAAGCCUAAGUAGUUUAACUAGUUAAAUGUGCAAA